AGAGUUUGAUGGGAUGUCAGAGCUGCACACAGGUGUCUCCAACACUUCAGGAGUUGUGUAUAACUACACCCAGGGUGGGGUUGUCCGGGACCAGACCGGCUGGGAGAGGUGUGUCAGUGUUCCUCUGGUCCGGCCCGACAUGUUCCCCCUUCUGGCUCAGUGGGACCGGUACCUGGACCAGUUCUCUGAUGGACCCAUGUGGGACCCGGCCUGGCACAGGUUUGACGAGCAGCACCAUAACUGCUUCUCGUUCUGCCUGGGCUUCAUCAACAGCGUCCUGGCGCUGGAGGGGCGGGACUCUGUGAGCAGGGAGACCUUCACCGAGACCUUCAUCCUGCCGAGGAUGAGGAGGCUCACCAAGUACACCGCGCUGUGCCGACACCUCCAGAGACACCAGUACUACCUGGUGGACCGGCAGCCGGGCCCAGCAGCCAGCCCAGAUCUUGUGGACCGGCAGCCGGGCCUCGCAGCCAGCCCAGACCUGGUCCCAGACCUGGUGGACGUGCAGCCGGUCCCCGCAGCCACACCAGACAUGUUCUAG